CUCGAGAGUCGAGCCAGCCUGCUAACUGACAGGCUGAGUGGCCAGGCGGCGAGUAAGCGCCUGUUUUGUUACAAGGAUAGUCUGGAUGGGCGAUGUGUAAAUGUAGUUACAUCAUGUGAUUUUUCUAAAUGUCCAUGGAAACAGCUGACUAAAGUUUGACAGCUAUCCCACCAGUUUUCCACUUGUAAGAAUAGUAAGGAAGCAGUGCUGGAAAUUUGUUUGGAUUAAACCCUUCCUUGUGUUAAUAGAUCCAAAAGUCAUCUGCUGAUGACCACGCCUGAAGCCAAUCCCGAGUUGUGAGUCAGAAGAGGCGAAGCUGGGCUGAUGACAAGCAUGACAUUCAGCCAAGCCACAGAUGCAUGUCCACUCAAAAGGCCCAACUGAGCGACAUACCCUCUGCUUCCCGGCUCUCAACAAGUCGCUCAGGGGGUGGGGGGGUGUCGACGGGACAUAGCUAGUCCCCUGCACCCCCAAGUAGAACCUCACUGUGAAACUGGAGGUCUCUGAUGGAUCAGGGUAGUAAUGAGCAGAGUCCAGAGGAGCCGGACACGGGAGGCCGAGCGGAGCUGGAGGUCGGCAGGAGGGCGUCGGAGUCAGAGCAUGGCUUGUCCAAAAUCACCCAUAACGCCCUGGAGAACAUGGGAGCGUUGGGCCAUGGCCUGAAGCAGUUCUUCCAGCCACAGCGCCGACGCUCCUCCGUUUCCCCACAUGACUCUGUCUCGUCCUGCACAGGCGCCCCUCCCUCCGAACCCACUGAUGUAGGGUCCGAAGUAGGGUACGCUCCUGCCUCCUUGGCCCUCCCUUUGGAUUCUGACAACCCUGCCGCUUCCGCCCCUCCCGCAGCUCUGAGCCGUGUUCUGCAGCAGAUCCGAGGUGCUCCACCAAUGAAGCGAGGCACCAGCCUGCAGAGCCGCCGCAGCAAGGUGGGGGGCACCGGGGAGCCUCCCCAGAAAGGUAGCCCACAGAUCCACCGGCGCAGCACCCAUGAAGCCCUGCUGCAGGCUGGACGCCCACGUUCCUCCUCGACCACAGAUACACCCAGCAGCCCAGCUCUAGCUGACGUUCUGCUAACCUCUGGUUACCACUCAACUGAGGAGCCUGACAAGCUGGAUCGCUAUGAUGGAUCAGGCCCUGCUGUGUCACCCAAUGCUCUCCCCUACGGUGCAGAUGGGUAUGAUGUGGUUGACAGUACCCCAGACCCCCAGCGAACAAAGCAGGCCAUUGCUCAACUACAACAGAAGAUCCUCAAACUCACAGAACAAAUUAAAAUUGCAACUGCACGUGAUGACAACGUGGCUGAAUACCUGAAACUAGCCAAUAAUGCAGACAAACAGCAGAGUGCUCGCAUCAAACAGGUGUUUGAGAAGAAGAACCAAAAGUCAGCUCAGACUAUACAGCAGCUGCAGAGGAAACUCGAGCACUACCACCGGAAGCUUCGAGAGGUGGAACACAACGGCAUUCCUCGCCAGCCCAAAGAUGUUUUCCGAGACAUGCACCAGGGGCUGAAAGAUGUUGGAGCCAAGGUGACGGGGGGCCUCUCCAGUUUCUCUCAAGCCACUCAUUCUGCCGCUGGAGCUGUGGUGUCUAAGCCGAGAGAAAUCGCCUCCCUCAUCCGCAACAUUGGCAGUGCUGAUAACAUUGCAUCUUUGAAAGAUUCCUUGGAUGAAACCCAGGGAGAUGAGGGUGUUGGCCCUGGAACGGCGAGGGCCCUUGGGACCGGACAGUUGCAGUCCAGCCCAAAGUAUGGCAGUGAUGAUGACUGUUCUAGCGCUACUUCCGGCUCUGCAGGUGUCAACAGCACAACUGGAGCUCCCGGAGGCCCCCCUAGCUCCAAGGGCACACCCUGGGAUCAUGGCCAGGCCUCAGGCUUUGAUGCUAUACUCCAUGAGAUCCAAGAGCUCCGGGAAAACCAAGGUCGACUGGAAGAGUCCUUUGAAAACCUAAAGUCUCACUAUCAGCGGGACUACACGAUGAUCAUGGAGGCCUUGCAAGAGGAACGAUACAGGUUGUGAACGUUGGAAGAACAACUCAAUGACUUGACAGAACUGCACCAAAAUGAAAUUCUGAACUUGAAACAGGAACUUGCCAGCAUGGAGGAGAAGAUUGCUUACCAGUCUUACGAAAGAGCGAGGGACAUUCAGGAGGCGCUGGAGGCAUGUCAGACGCGUAUCUCAAGAUGGAGCUGCAGCAGCCAGCAACAGCAGGUGGUGCAGCUAGAGGGUUUGGAGAACGCCACAGCACGGACUCUACUAGGAAAACUAAUCAAUGUGCUGCUGGCUGUUAUGGCUGUCCUUUUGGUGUUUGUGUCCACAGUGGCUAACUGUGUUGUCCCCUUAAUGAAAACACGCAGCCGCACGUUUUCUACGCUGCUCCUUGUAAUCCUCCUCGCCUUCCUCUGGAGGCACUGGGAUGCCAUCUCAGAGUAUCUGCAUCACUUUCUUCUGCACCCCAGAUGACCAGCUUGGAGAGGCUUAUUUAAAUAAUGACGGGACGGAGGAUUUGGGGCUGAUGUUGUGAAGGGAGGACACUGACCCAUACAGGCAGUUGAAACUCAAUACUCCUUCCUUUUCUGCUUCUUCAGCAGCUUCUUGAAACACUCAGGAGGGUUGCAUCAUUGGUUUGUCACUUUAUCUCUUUCUGAAAGGUGUUGAGAAGAAUCCUACAGAGAAUAAGGAGAGCAAUUGGAUGUUUGGUAUCAACCCACUAUCUUUGGUGCAAUUGGCACAAGCACAUACUGUUAAGGGUUGAAUGGGCAUGAGUGAAGGAGGGGCUGAGAGAACUGCACACUUGAUUUCUCUCUUCUGAGUGAAUUUGUUUACAUGUGGAAAACUUGCAUUGUUUUCCCACAGAAGAAAUUGUAAUUCAGAGUUUUUAUUACUUUUGAGCUAAUUCAAGGGUGUUGUUUUUAAGUCAUUGCUAUUUUUAAUACAGCUAACAUAUUGCUUUGUAUUUACUUUUAACUGUAAUGAGCUGAGUGUUCUGCGUGAUUUAGUUGCCCAUAUUCUCUUUUUGUACGUUCCUCUCUCUCUUCUAGUCUUGCCACUCUGGUUUUUCAGUCUGCUCUUUUGUUCCCCUUUACUCAGUCUUUACAUUUCAGCCUCUGUGACCAACUCUUCCUCUUCCUGCCCCCGACACUCUGAAGAAUUGGGUGCUUGCACAUCAGCUACCUUGCUCUGGAAACCAGACUUGUCACUGGAUCAAAUAAUAGUGGGUUCUUGACUUGUUUCUUACGGAUGUGUGAAGUCACUAACACUGGUUCUGCCAGAACCGGGAUAUUUGCUAUCAAGAACUUUAAUAUUUGGAGUUGCGACCCUGUCCUCUGGGCCGACUGGCUCCUGCUAUCCUGGUGGCUUUUCAACUGCAGAAGAAUAAUCAAUGAACUGAAUUAACAUACUUGAAGAGCGAUUAAAGUGCUCAAAGACUCAGUGCUUCCGUACUGUUUCUCUUAGUGACAAUGAAAUAGUAAUACUUUUUAGUUUAUUUUUUAUUUUUAAAGACAAAUAAAUUUGCUGUUUUAAAAUGUGAAA